UUUUUUUCAGAUUUCGCUAAUAGUAGUUAUGCACUGGCAUAUGACUGCAGCAUGCCCUGAAGUGAACUAAACAGAGUUGAUUCGUUGCCGGGAUAUGACAUUUCCGAGAAUGACAUAUCUGAUCUAUCAGAACUCUCUAUGAUAGCCAAUAAGCUUGAUUUUGAAACUGCUAUGUUAGAUUACGGUAAUAGCACUGGAGAAUUUAAUGAUACUGCAAUCGAUAUGGAAAUUAACAAAUCCAUUUUUAUUAAUCAAAUUGGUGAUGAAGAAUCAAAUUGUUCAUUUAUAGCGAAGGAAGAAAUAAUUGAUAGCACAAAAAAUGUGAGUGAAAUUAACAAAAUUUACUAUUCACCACAACAAGAAGUUUUCGAAAGUAGUACAUAUGACUCUGAAGACUUGAACUGUGGAAAUUCAAUUUCAACAAGUUCGAUAGAGCAGAUACCUACUUCAGAAACUUCAUUAAAAUGUACCAAUCUAUCAAGAUUUUCUAUAACGAAUGAUACACUUGAUUUUGACAAUACUAUGUCAGCAUUUCUAGAACGGAUUCCUGAUACAAUUAACAAUAAUCUCUCAAAUAAACCGAAAAUUAUAAGUGAUAUCUUACUAAAUAAUUUUGAUUUCGAUAAAAUACCUAUUCUUGACGAAAAUGGACAACAAUUAAUGUACUGAAGUCGCAUGAAUACGAAGAGAAAUUUGAUGAGUACAUAACAAAGGACUUCUAUUCUGCCAACGAAUUGAUAAGCCAUGGUAUUUAUCAUAAUUUUGUCUAAUUAUAUGUAAGUCUGAAAUGAAAUAAGAGACUGAAACUAGCAGCAUAAA